UGCUGCUCAGGUGGUGUUCAGGCGAGCGAGCAUAGUCGAGGUGCUGUUAGGUGGUGUUUUCCCGAGUGACUGGAGACGUAUCACGGUAACAUGCUCGGGUUACGUCGUGAAAGACUGCUUUAGCGUAGUUACAUUUCCCUUGAUUGUUCGUGAGCCACGGGAGCGGCCUAAAAGCUGCCGCGCAUUCGUCGCCGCGCCACGCUUGCACUCACCUCCCCGAGCAUGAUGGCUCGUCAAUUCACUUAUAUAUUCCGCCUUCUCGUAACGCUGGCAGUUUCGAGUGCCAUUCUGACGUGCGGUGCCGAUUCAAGCGAUCGGCAACACAGUGAGCACAGGAGCUACAGCCAGAUCGAGGCAGAGCAGCAGGAGACCUGCGCAAGGACAUGCGCCGAGGUCAAGUGUGAAACCAUGGCUCUGCGCUACGGCAAGUACUGUGGCGUGGGGUGGGGUGGCUGUCGGGGGGAGGCCCCGUGUGAUGACCUGGACGCCUGCUGCAAGAAGCAUGAUAAGUGCGCUGGAGAGUUUGGUAUUCAGGCAGUUCAAUGCCACAAGAAGUUCAAGAAGUGUAUGCUGAAAGUGCAAGCGUCGGGGAAGACAGGAUUCUCCACCAGGUGCCCAUAUGAAAAGGUCAUUCCCAUGCUUGUACACGGGAUGGAUCUCGCAAUUACCCUCUCCCAGUUUGCUCGAGGCCAAGGUAUAAGUGCCUGAGCUGCGAAUUCUGCGGUGCUUGUUUUGUUAGCGGGUACAAAGAUGAUGUAUGAUGGAAAUGUUGUUGGAUACUACGGUAAGAUAGCUAACUUCAACGAGGACCAUGUAAGGGAAGGGACUAAUGAAAGGCAAUGAUUCGG